AUGCCUUCCCCAGACAUCCCCAACAAAGCAGCCGAAGGCAUCUCCUACUACACCCCAGCCCAAGACCCGCCCGCAGGAACCGCCGCAAUCCCCCAAUCCGACGGCACAAACCCCCCAAAAUUGUUCCAACCCUUCCAAGUCCGCGGCGUCACAUUCCACAACCGAAUCGGCCUCUCCCCGCUAUGCCAGUACAGCGCCGAUGAUGGCCAUAUGACAGACUGGCACAUGGCACACCUAGGCGGAAUCGCACAGCGCGGCCCAGGCUUCCUAAUGGCAGAAGCAACCUCCGUUCAAGCCAACGGCCGCAUCACACCGCAGGACUCGGGACUGUGGAAAGACUCGCAGAUCGAGCCGCUCCGCCGCGUGGUUGAGUUCGUGCAUAGCCAGAGUCAGGUCAUCGGCGUACAGCUUGCGCAUGCUGGCCGGAAGGCUAGUACUGUGGCGCCUUGGCUUAGUAAGGCUGAUACUGCUACGGCUAAGGUUGGUGGAUGGCCGGAUAAUGUGAAGAGUCCGGGGAAUGUGGCUUUCCAUGCGAAUUUCCCCACGCCGACGGCUUUGACGUUGGAGGAGAUUGAGACUUUCAAAAAGGAUUGGGUUGCUGCUGUUAAGAGGGCGCUUAAGGCUGGUGUUGAUCUUGUCGAGAUCCAUAAUGCUCAUGGUUACUUGCUUAUGAGUUUCUUGUCGCCUGCUACCAAUACCCGGACUGAUCAGUAUGGCGGGAGCUUUGAGAAUCGGAUUCGGCUUUCGUUGGAGAUUGCGAAGUUGACUCGUGAGACUGUUCCUGAGGGUAUGCCUGUCUUCUUGCGUGUCUCUGCUACGGAUUGGUUGGAGGAGUCCAUGCCUGAUCAGCCGUCGUGGCGUGUGGAGGAUACGGUCCGGUUUGCGAAGGCGCUGGCUGAUGCUGGGACUGUUGAUGUGUUGGAUAUCAGUAGUGGUGGAAACCAUGAGCAGCAGCAUAUCCAUGCCAAGCCUGCUUUCCAGGCGCCGUUUGCUGUUGAGGUCAAGAAGGCUGUUGGGGAUAAGAUCAUGGUUGGCUCAGUCGGCAUGAUUGGUUCUGCAUCUUUGGCCAACUCCCUGCUGGAGAAGGAUGGACUGGACUUUGUGCUUGUCGGUCGUGGAUUCCAGAAGAAUCCCGGUCUUGUCUGGGCUUGGGCUGAGGAGCUUGAGGUUGAUAUUUCCAUGGCUAAUCAGAUUAGAUGGGGCUUUGCCAGUCGUGGCACUGGUGGUGGCCCUUACUUGCAUAACAAGAAGCAGAAGCUUUAG